GCGGAGCGCUCCCGGGGGCGGCGGGGAGCGGCGCGUAUGGCCAAGGUGGUGCCCGGGGCGGCGGGGCGCGGAGGUGGAGGCUCCACAUCUGUUUGUUACAAGCCUACUAGCCCAGUCCAGGUACUGGAAGACACUGGAUUUCUUUACCAGGAUCACCAGCUGUUUGCUGGCAGGCAUGAAGUUUCUCCUCUGACAGCUGAAGUGAUCGGUGCCAAAGAAAAAGCUGCUGAGGAGGCCCUCUGCACCCUGCGCCCACCCAGCAGCUGCCGCCGGGUCCCAGAGGCGGAGAUGCGAGGGGCGGAGGAGGUGGCAGCCGGCACCGUCCUGCAGCGCCUGAUCCAGGAGCGGCUGAGGUAUGGCAACCCCAGCGAGAACAUGAACCUGCUGGCCAUACAGCACCAGGCGACGGGCAGCGCCGGCCCCUCCAACAGCACUGCCAGCACUCUCUCUUCCGCAGAAAACCUUGUGCCCGAGGAGCCGCCAAUGGUCCAGCCGUCGGGGCGGCAGGAACCACAGGGGCAGGAGCACCAGGGGGACGGUGCUGCAAUGGAGAAGCAGCCCCGGGCCCUGCAGCCCCCGCACGCCACCGAGGAGCUCCCCACCUACGAGGAGGCCAAGGCCCAGUCUCAGUUUUUCCGGGGCCAGCCAACGGCCACCGCCACCACACCGGCUUUUUAUGGCUCAACGGGACAGAAGUCCAGGACGGAGGGGAGGCCGACGGUGAACCGGGCCAACAGCGGGCAGGCGCAUAAGGACGAGGCGCUGAAGGAGCUGAAGCAGGGCCACGUCCGCUCGCUGAGCGAGAGGAUCAUGCAGCUCUCGCUGGAGAGGAAUGGGGCCAAACAGCAUCCCCCAGCCCCAGGGGGUGGGAAGGGCUUCAAGGCGGCCCCGCCACCCAGCAAGGCCACGGACCCGCGGGGGCCGCCACCCGAGUACCCCUACAAGGGCAAGGCAGCAGCCCCAGGCAGCAAGGCGCAGGAGCACGGGCUCUUCUACGGAGAGCACCAGCAGCACAGGAUGUCCUCAAAGCUACCUAUGUCCCCCCCCCAGCCCACCAGAGCUGAGGUGGCCCUCGUCCGCUACCAGCCACCCCCGGAGUAUGGGGUCAGCAGCCGACAAUGCCAGGUGCCCUUCCCACCACCUCCACCCCAGCAGCACAGCCCCAUGUCCUCGCAGGCCACUGCCACUGGUGGCCCUUUGCUCCCGGGAGCUUUGCCACCACUGCCAGCCCCUGCCACUGCCCAGACACCGACACCAACGCCACCGGGCCAGCAGCUGACGCCUGACGCCUUCGCCAUCGUGGAGAGGGCACAGCAGAUGGUGGAGAUGCUCUCUGAGGAGAACCACGUGCUGAGGCAGGAGCUGGAGGGGUACUACGAGAAGGCAGACAAGCUGCAGAAGUUUGAAAUAGAGAUUCAGAGGAUUUCAGAAGCUUAUGAGGGCCUGGUCAAGACCACCACUAAGAGAGAGUCUCUGGACAAAGCAAUGAGAAACAAGCUCGAAGGAGAAAUUAGGAGACUUCAUGACUUCAACAGAGAUCUCCGUGAACGUCUGGAGACAGCCAAUAGGCAGUUGGCCAGCAGAGACUUCGAUGGGCAUGAGGAUAAAUCAACAGAGGGCCUUUAUGUCACUCAGAACAAAGAGCACUUGAAGGAGAAGGAGAAACUGGAGAUGGAGCUUGCAGCCGUGCGCUCUGCCAAUGAGGACCAGAGGAGGCACAUUGAGAUCCUUGACCAGGCCCUAAACAAUGCACAAGCCAAGGUCAUCAAGUUGGAAGAGGAGCUCCGCAGGAAGCAGGCGUACGUGGAGAAGGUGGAGAAGCUGCAGCAGGCGCUGACCCAGCUGCAGGCAGCCUGUGAGAAGAGGGAGCAGAUGGAGCGGCGGCUGCGCACACGCCUGGAGCGGGAGCUGGACUCACUGCGGAUGCAGCAGAGGCAAGGGAGCUACCAGGUGAGCAGCCUCCCAGAGCACAAUGCCCCAGCCCUGAUGGAGCUGGUGAGGGAGAAGGAGGAGAGGAUCCUGGCCCUGGAAGCUGACAUGACCAAGUGGGAACAGAAGUACCUGGAGGAAAGUACAAUCAGGCACUUUGCCAUGAAUGCUGCGGCCACAGCUGCAACAGAGAGGGACACCUCGGCCCCGAGCCACUCGCGCAACGGCAGCUUCGGUGAGAGCACCCUGGAGGUGAGGGGCUGGCAGGAGGAGGAGGAGAUCGUGCAAGCCAACCGGCGCUGCCAGGACAUGGAGUACACAAUAAAGAACCUCCAUGCAAAAAUAAUUGAGAAGGAUGCCAUGAUCAAGGUCCUUCAGCAGCGGUCACGGAAGGACCCUGGGAAAGCUGACAGUGCCAGCCUGAGGCCAGCUCGUUCUGUCCCCUCCAUUGCCGCUGCUGCAGGGACACACUCACGCCAGACAUCACUCACCAGCAACCAAAUAGCUGAGGAGAAGAAGGAAGAGAAAAUCUGGAAGGGAAGCAUAGGGCUGCUCUUGGGGAAGGAGCACCAGGACCACUCGUCGGGACCUUCGCUGCCUCCUCCUCUGCCCUCCUUGUCCUGCAUGCCCAUCCCAGCACCCACAGCCUCCCACAUGAAAACAGGCAGCAAAGACAGCAGCACCCAGACAGACAAAAGUGCUGAGCUCUUCUGGCCCACCACUGCUUCCUUCCCUGGCCGCGGACGUCUGGGUACCACCCCCUCACACAGCCCAGCCCCACGGCCCCCAGGGACACGAGUCACUGAGAACUCAAGCCAUGGGAAGCUGCCUGACAGCAAAGGCAGAGUGAGCAGCUUGCUCCACAAGCCUGAGUUUCCAGAUACAGACAUGAUGGAAGUCCUCAUCUGAGCAGAGGACAAAAUCUCUGGGGUUUUGUGUGUGUACAGCCAGGUCCAAGAUGGUCCUCAAUGUGCCAAGCUCAAAAACUAACCCCAAGAAAUUUGAAGAAAGACAGAGAAAGUUUGUGCCCGAAAUGAAGCUUGAGUCUGAGAUGUUGAGACUUUGGACAAGGGAAGAAGUCAAGAGCACUGAAGAGGAAGGUUGAAGUGAAUGUCUGGGAUUUUCUGAGCAGAAAGGGGCAUUGAAAAUGGAAUGUGGUGUGAGAAGGGGAUCAUUGAGGGAAAAGAAAACUGCAUUUCCUGGAGUAAAAAGCAGGUAGUGAAGUUACAGACUGGGUGCAGACUGUCACUCUGCUUUCCUGCCUCUGCAACUGGGACAGGCAGUAAAAUCCUGGCUCUUUCCAGGCCAGAGGGAGUUUCUGAAUAACCCACAUGGAACUUGUGUCUUCUGCAGUAUCAGUUCAUUUCUCAAAAGUAUUCACUGUUUAAUUUUGGUGAAUAAUUGGUCUGUAGAUGUGCAUGGCAGGUUCUUGUAAGUAUUUGUGUGAAGUAGUGUGGUGUGGUUUUCCUGGGUAGGCAGGUCAGGUGCCUCUUUCCUGGCUGGACAAGUAUUGCUCUUGGAAAGGGAUUUACAGUGCAAAUAUUCAUGUCUUGCUGCUUCAGAGCUUGCUGAGGCUUCUUUUUUUUGUGGAAGCAGUUGUUGGCUGGAAUUCCCACUGAAGGAUGAAAGUACAGGGGAGGAAGGGGACCCUACUGAAGCAAUCUCUUUUGCAAGGAUGGGAAGGUUUCAGGAGGGAAAGUCAGAGGAGGAUCCCAGCAGCUCCCCAAAGGGCUGUGCAGUUCAGGGGGGGGUUGUUUGGGAAUAUUUCCAGUGGAGUUAAGUGGGGCUUGCAUGUGAGAUGAGGAGAGGCCUCUAACUGUGCACUGGGACACAGUAGUGGAAGAAUCAGCUUGUUUGUAGUAAGGACAGGGUUUGUCCUUAUUUUCAGUGCCUACAGCCAAAUCCUACCUUCCUUGAGCAUACAAACGUGCUGUUCAAGCUGACAUGGAACAAGGUAUUAACAGGUGUAGGAUCAGAUCAGGAAGGAUUUAACUGCAAAGCAAAGCAUGAACAUCAUCUGUUUCCUGUGCUGAGCUAUAGUUUCCUUUCACCUUAUUUACCUGGGAUGGAACAUCUCUGAUUUUCAGCUUAGUCCCUGAUUUCUGUAAGAGGUGGCCACUGUCUUUGUAAAGCAGCCAACGUACCUGCAGUGUUAAUCAGGGUAUUCAGCCACCUUUUGCCUCGUGCUGAUCAGGAAAUUUUCCUCUUGGAGGUAUUUUUGACUUGGCUUUGCAGUUCCAGAACCUUAUGGUUGUACCAUAAGGAAAUUAGGAAGAACAUUGCUCUGGGAAAAAGGCUGGUGGGAUUUUAUGUGAAGCUGCCUAGAGUGGAAAACUGAUGGGUGCUGGGAGGAACUGUGUGCUCAGGACUGGCUCAAGGUCACCUCUUCCUGUGGGUGUUGGAUCAGAGCCCCUCGCUGUGAAAUCAGGCACUUUAAACUCUGCUUUCAAUAGCGACUCAAAUCCUUACAACCUCAAUGCCUGCAGGGGCCAGAGCCCUAUGCUCAAUACUGCCUAAUGUGUAUUUAAAAAAAAAAAGAAAAACAAAAUUGCUAUGUUGAACCUAUGCACUUAUUUUUGUGUGUACAUAAAGUUAGGUGUAAGGUGGUGUCACCUCCUUUCUGAUUUUUGCACUUGUUAAGCAAAGUAGUGGUAGGUAGCUGUGCAGGCAAACUGUUUCAAGUAUUAGCAGCUUUGUGUUGUAAAACCAAAUGUGUUACACCCUUGGAAGAUGUUACGUGGCUUAAUAUAUGCUUUGUAAAAUAAUUUUAUUUUUAUGUCUAAAGUUAAUUUAAGCACUGUAAGUGUUUGGAAAGGCAGUGGUGCUGAGCCCCCUCUGAGGCCCUUCCUCAAGUGUCUGUAGUGGGAGCAGGGCAGGAGGAAGGCAAAGCAAGGGAAUACAGGUAAAUUUCACUUCAUCAUUUUUCCUCCAAGAAGUAAGGAUCCUGAGGUGCUUGGAAGUCCCUAAGCAUUCUAUUGAUGUCUGUAUUAUUUGUUUAGAUUAAACUAUUUAACUCUUUGCAUACAGGCAGAGAGCUGGGCCUCCAGCAGAAACAGUGUUGGAUCAAUGUGUGUCGUGUGGCUUUCAGUUAUGUUUGGUAGUGGUGUGGCUCAGCUUCUCCAAGUCAGGUUGAGUGCAGCUCUUCUCCUCCUCCUGCUCCUCCUCCUCCUUGUGGAGACCACAGUCCCUCCAACCUCUGGUGUUCCAAGGUGUGUUAACACCAAUGCUGCCCCAGAUCCAUGGUCACUCAAGGGAUGUUGGUUUUUCUGAAGAGAAGGUCUGGAGGACCAGUGGGGUCUCCCCCCAGCCCAAGCACUAGCAGGAUUUGUGUGGAGCAAUACUGCCAUAAAUCAGCCCCUCUCAGCAGAGUGGGGCAACUCCAUUUGUGCUGCUUUUCCCAGCUCUUUGAACUGUUUGUGUUUUGGGAAACAUGCUGUAGCCAUUCCAGGUGACAUUGGUAACUAGUUGUAAAAUACUGUUGUUUUUAUUGUUGUUGCUUGUAUAGAGAAGUUGGUGUACAGUGUUGUACAGCUGGAGGGUCAUUUGUACAUAGUGGGGAAAAUUAAGAAAGUUAUGUGUCACCCACAGCAAAUAUUGAUAUUGUUGGUCAGCCAAAGAUUUCUUGUUCUUUGCUGUUUAAACUUGUGCCUUAAUAUUGUAUAUAAUAAAUGUAUAAACAUGUUUCUUUUCUCA